AUGGAAGAUCAACCUAUGGAUGAUCACAUGGCAGAGGAGGAGAUCCAGGUGAAUGUGACUAGCAACAGGGGAAAAAAGAAGGAGGAGUCAGGUGAUUCAUCUAACAGGAAGUUGGUGUCAUAUAAAGAUUCUCUUAUUGGUUUUAAUGGAGGACCUCAUGCUGCUGAUAACGAUGAGGAAGAUUGGGUAGAACAACUACGUAAGGAAGAAGACGAAGAAGAAGGGGAUGAGGUCUUUGUUACAGUUGAUGGUGAGGAGGAUCCUCUUUGCCCAACGUACUCUUUUCCAAAAGCCUUGCAUUUAGAAGGUUGCAGACGUUGGAGACAGGCAGUGAUUGUGAAACUUCUGGGGAAGAAAGUUGGAGUUAGAUUCUUACUCAAUCGUUUACUGAGAAUGUGGAAUAUCUCAGGCACAUAUGAGUUCAUUGAUCUGGAGAAUGACUACUUUUUGUUCCGAUUUUCCAAUAAGAAUGAUUACUCUCAUGUUUUAGAGGAGGGUCCUUGGAUCAUAGCUGAUCAUUAUGUGGUAGUUCAACGGUGGCGUCCAUUUUUUAAUCCUUAUGAUGAUGAGAUAAGAAAGCUGGCAGUUUGGAUUCGUAUUCCAGGACUUCCUAUUGAAUUCUAUACCUCUCAUCAUUUGUGGAAUAUAGGGAGUAUUUUUGGUCGCACAUUGAAGAUUGAUAGGAACUCUAUUAGGAAAUGUGAUUCUGGUGAAGGUGAUAUUACAGAGAGAGCAAAGUUUGCUAGAAUUUGUGUAGAAGUUGAUCUUAGGAAAUGCUUUUUGUCCAAAUUCUGGAUUGCUGAUCGUAUCUUCCACGUUGGAUAUGAGGGUCUCCACUUAGUUUGUUUUGCUUGUGGAAAGUAUGGUCAUAGAAGGGAUCAGUGUUCCCAUAGUAAUCUUCAACAAGAUAUUACAGCUUAUUCUCCUGAAGUUUCUGACUCGGUGGUGCAUAAGCAGUCGGAAAAAGAUUCUGUUCCGGCGAAGGAGGAACCGUUUGGGAAUUGGAUGCUGGUGCAGCGUAACCGUCGUUCAAGGAGCAUAGCACAAUCAAAGGAGGAAUCAAGGAGCAUAACACAAUCAAAGGAGAAAUCAUUACCAUCGGGUAGGAGACAAGUUGGCGUUGUUAAUAAUGCAGUGUUACGUAAUAAGGCAGUUUCCAAUUCUGAUCCUAAUCACAGACAGGUCAUUCAAUCAGGUUCAAGAUUUCAAGCUAUUGCUGAGUUGGCUCAAAAGGAUAAUAAUAUCUUAAUUAUUUCUGAUUCUCCAGUGAUUGAUUCAAUCAGCAUUGAAUCUGGUCUGACACGAAUUAAUCAUGGGGAAUUAAUUGCUCAUAAUGAAGAACCGUUGGUGAAAAAGGAUAUUCAAAUGGAAACAGUUUCUCCAUCUGCUAACCUAUCUGCGGGCAAGUCGAGAAAAGAGGUCCAAAGUCAAGGAGUAAAAUUCAAAGAGAACCAAAAGAAGAAAGCAACUGCAUCAUCUGCUAAAGUUCAUCAGCUGGUCCAGAAUGCUAAUAUUAGCAAAGGCAGAUUAAAUGCUUCAAAAGGUGCAGAAUCUCAAAAGAAUAAUUUUAAACUUGAUUCUCAGAAGAAUAUGUCGGAGGAUUUCCAAGAUAGACAAAUUGUCUUGCACCCUUCUUUAUCUAAAUUCCAGAGGAAGACGUCUCAUGUGGUUAAUGAUCAGCAAGAGACUCUUCCUUCUUCUAGUGGCUUGGAUAAUGGAGGUAAACAUGGAAGACCACCAGAUGCUCUUACGUUAAUGAGGAAUUUUUAUCAAACUCACAAGGAUUCUAUCCCUUUGGAUAAUUUGGACGUUUUGGGUGCGACUUCGGUCUAUACCAAUGCUCUUUCUUAG